AUGGAAAAUGAGAGUAACUUACAAGUUACUUUCUCUAAGCGUCGUGCUGGUCUCUUCAAAAAGACUAUUGAACAUUGUACGCUAUGUGGUGCUAAAAUUGCCAUUGUGGUAUUUUCUCUAGGCAAGGCCAACAAAGUUUACUCCUUUGGCCACCCCUCAGUGGAGUUGUUGGUGAAUAGGUUCCUCGGGAGGGAUCUCCCUCCACCAAAUAAUGAAGGCCAUCAUAACCAUCUCCUCAGGAAUCAUCAAAAUGUUGUUCUUCGUGAGCUCAAUAAGGAGGUCAUGAACAUGGAGGAGAUUCUCCAAAUGGAGAAAUCUCGCGGAGAGUCCAUACUAGAAAUUAGGAGGAGAGAUAAUGGUAGUUGGUGGGAAUUUUUAAAGCAAGACGUUGAAAAAGAGGCACAACAACAGCAAAUGGUGACUAAUGUUGGACUCCCAUUUCUCACAUUUGGAAGUGCCCUGUCUCCUACUAAUGGUGCUAGGGCAAUUAGUUCUUCACAUGGACCCAAUGUUGGUGCACCCUUGGCUAAUAGGGCUUAG